AUGGAGUGUGGCCCAUUUCUGCCGGACAGCCUGGUGUUGGAGAUCUUCUUGCGUUUACCCCAUGAUGCCGUGUUGAGAGCUGGUCUGGCCUGCAGACAGUGGCUGGCUGUCUCCAGAGAUGAGUUCCUGUGGAGGGAGUUGUUUUACAGCUACUACCGCAUCCCCCGCUCUGUACCCAGGCACCCAGCGGCUGUGUCAUGGUACAGGGAGUUCAAACGUCUCUUUGACUGUAUUCCUUGUGUGGAGGUUCAGACGCUGAGAGAGCACCAUGACCAAGUGCUCCACCUGGCUUUCUCCCACAGGGGGCACCGUUUCUCCUCUUGCUCCAAAGACUGUACUGUCAAGCUGUGGGAUACCGAGCGGCCAGAUGGUACCAUCUCCUUGGUGCACAGCUCCAGCAUGCGGCAGUUCAACUGGGGCUACACCCAGUUCUCUCAGUUCAAUGCUGAUGACAGCCUCCUGCUAGUGUCUGGUGUCUACCUGGGGCCGCACCAGUCCUCCUCUGGGGAAAUUGCCGUCAUCAGCAUGGACAAUUACACCCUCUUGUCGCGGGUCAGGAACAAACCCUAUGAUGUGUUUGGGUGCUGGCUGAACGAGACCCACUUGAUCUCUGGGAACCUGCACUGGAUCGGCAACAUGACGUCCUGCUCUGUGCUCUGGCUCAAUAAAGCCUUCCAGGAUAUUGAAUCAGAGAACGUCAAUGUGGUCAAGAGACUUUUCAAGAUCCAGAACAUCAACGCCAGCACCAUCCGCACAGUGAUGGUGGCCCACUGCCGGCGUCACGACAACCCGGACUUGCUUCUGGACUACGAGGCUCAGUCACAAGCGCGGGCCAAGGCCCAAAGCCAGACAGGACAGGAGUACCAGCCCCUUCUCUUUGACCUGGGUGCCACAGACAGUGAGGAAGAAGAAGAGGAAGAGGAGGAUGAGGAGCACCAGAGGGAAAUGAAGCAUCAGGGCCUCUCCACUGCCCGUGUCCGCCAGCCUAAUGUCUCAGGUCUGGAGCAUGUUAUACAGGGCUGUCAGAGUGUAGGGGCCAUGGAGCUAGAGAUUGAGGCCACAGUGGCCCGAAUGAUGGGUAGAGCCCACACAAAGGCCCCUGACCCCGGCCUCCUCGGCCCAUCUGCCCCCGGGGAGGGAGAGGACAAGACCUACCUGCUCUUCACCACUGGUAGCCUUACUUACUCCCCUCACCAGAUAGGUAUUAAGCGCAUCAUGCCUGACCAGAUGACCACUUGUGGCCCUGUCCUCGGGGAGGAGCGCAGUUCAGACGAGUUCUUUGAUUCGCUGGACCAUGUGAUUGACAUCCAUGGUCACAUCAUUGGUAUGGGCCUUUCUCCAGACCAUAGGUACCUUUAUGUAAACAGCCGGGCGUGGCCAGCAGGAUGCAUAAUCUCGGACCCCAUGUCACCGCCCCCCAUUGCUGAGGAAAUCGACCUGCAUGUUAUUGACCUUAAGAGUCUGAGGGAGGAGAGAAGGAGCCUGCGCGCACAUCGAGCAUUCACACCAAACGAUGAAUGCUUCUUUAUCUUCCUGGAUGUUAGCAGAGACUUUGUCGCCAGUGGAGCAGAAGACAAGCAUGGCUACAUCUGGGACCGUCACUACAAUAUCUGCCUGGCACGCCUGGCACACGAUGACGUGGUCAACUCUGUGGCCUUCAGUCCCGCAGACCAAGAGCUGCUGCUGUCUGCCAGCGACGAUUCUACCAUUAAGGUGUGGCGUUCACCACGCAUGGUCCGCUUGGCACAGACUCCCGCCCGGCCGCCCAGGCCUCGCAAACUCCUGUCUUCCUGGCUGAACCGCAACAAGAACGCCACGUCUGCCAACAGUGUCAAUGGAAAACCUUGAGUCAGGUUGGAAAAUACUUGAGGGAGGGAGAGGGAAGAGGAAUUUUGUUUUAUCUGUUUCCUCUAUGGUGUGAAAUUACACUCCAGGUAUGCAUGCCGUGUGGGUACUGUACACGGCUCACUCUCACACAGUUCUGACCCGUGGCAGUGCUGGGUGUCCUCAUCCAGCAGGACACUGGAUGUGAUGUGACUCAGGGUUAGAUGCAAGGGAGCGCUAUUGCAAUAGCAACUAACAGAAAUCACCGUAAACUUGCUAUUGCUGUUAGCAAGGGUGAUACUAAUGUUAUCACCAUAGAUAGAAAUAGCGUAGAACUUACACCUAAAUGCACAUCCAAACCUGUUCUCCAAAAGAAGGUUGUAUCUGUAUUUAUUUUACAAUGUUUCACCUAAAUAGAUCCCCGGUGUGUUUUCCCUCAAGCUGAAGGUCGGCCACGUGAAUUUGAACACCGACCUUCUGGACCUUGUUAUAAUGUAAACAUGUUGGAGAGGCGGCUCUUUACAGUUGUGGUUGUUAUAUCCUGCCCAACAAAUGCAAAGUACAGUAACUGAAAAUUAUUAAAAAACAAACAAACAAACAAACAAAAAAAUGUAAAGAAUUCUUGCAAGUUUUCUAUCUUGUAUAUGAACACAAUUGUGUCAUUUUUUUAAAAAUAUGAUUUUCAGAGUAUCCGAGUCACAAUAACCAUGAAAAUAAGGGAAAACAUUUAGCUUUCACUGCAGUCUGCCUUGGUCUCCCAUGGCUUGGUCAGGUGGAACAGUCACUGGGGAUCAUUAAGCUGAGGAGUGACUACUGAAUUUAUAAUGGAAAGAUAAUGUUGAAAGACACUUCAAAUUUAAGGUGGACUGAUACUGAAUUAUUGGAUGUUUUACCGUACACUGUUAUCCAGGCUAGCCAGCCAGUUGAGCAGCGAGCUGUUUUGCUACUUGUGAGCAAAUCUUUGUCGGGCCUACAUUGUAUAAGAUAAGAAAAUGUAAUAAUGUCAUGAUCACAAAGUGUAUACCCCCCAUCUCUAAAGAUGAUGCACAUUUUUAACACCGUUCAUUUAUUCAUUAUUAGAUGCUGUUCACUCUUGCAUCACAAGGAAAUGCCCUUUAAAGAUCUGGGAAGCUGGACUCAAAUAUUAUUAUAAGGCUCUAAACCUCAGAUAUGAUAAAUGAAUGCCUUGUUAGUAUGUUUGUCCAGUUUUGAAGGCAGUGGCUGGGUGUGUCACUCAUUUAUUAAUAUUCAUAGUCUACCCGGAACUUUUAACCUCUCGCCUCACUUAAAUCUGUACAGUUGCGGUACACCAGCCCUUUCCCUUUUAGUCUCACACCUCUGCUCUGACACAGGGAACAGAGAGAGAGAAGAGCGCCUGCGCUGAACUCAAUCUCCACAAAUACAGAAGGAACAGAGUAUCAGUUCAAUACAGAGUGCAUUUUUAAGUUUCCAGUUAUGAAACAAUUCUGUCUUUUACGGGACAGUUGGCAACCUUACCGGUUAGUCCCACAAGCAAACCUAUAAAUUUUAAUAAAAGGUUACUUACCAGAUCAGCAUGCCUCUGUGCUGCACCCUGGGCCUUGCUUACUGGAAGUUGCCCCUUUUACCUAAUUAAAUAUUUCGGGUAGAAGCAAUUUUACUGCUUGUUUGAACUUAGUUACAUGUUUCGGUCCACCCAGUUGAAACCUGUUGCCUGAACAGAGGGGAAGGCCAGCUGAGAUCUUUCAGGGCUGACUGCUCUUUGUAGUGGGAUUCAUUUCAAAAUAUCCUCAGGGUCAGUUAUGAAUGCAGAUAUGUGUUAAAGUAACCCAUUGCUAAAGAAAUCGCUGCUUCUAGUUUCCCAGACCUUUAAUUGAUAGAGAGGCACUCUGAGGUAUCUGGAUGAUUGUCAGCAAUGGAUGCGGAUGGAUGGAUUUUUUUUUUUUCCUCAUCACCUGAUAGAAUGUUUGUUUAGUUUUCACGAAGCUUUCCCCACUGAGUGUAAAAUCCUGGUCAUUGCUAUGGAGUUGUUUGUUACACUGCAUGAGUUCAGCCUCAUCACGGACAACUUGGAGUUUGCCUGAAUAAAAUUUGAAAUAUUAUCUUAACAGAA